UUAAUUCAAACAUACCAACUCGGCCAACAUAUAUUAUUCUUAGUAAAUUUCAAUUGAAUAUCAAGCCAAGUAAGUGAAAAAGGUUGCAAUUUCAUCAUUGUAUUAAAAAUUUUUAGUCACUGAUAAGGUCAACGUGUGGCUCUUGUUGGUAUGUUUGAAUUAAAUGUUUCUUUUAAUUAAAUGUUUCUUUUAAUUAAAUGUUAAUUAUGUAAUAUAAUCCGUACAGGUACAUCGGGAUGCGGAAAAUCAAUAAUUAUUCAACUGCUGGAACGAUUCUAUGAUGUUACAAGUGGUCAACUAGUUAGUAUUUCGUCAACUUAUAGCUGAAGUAAUUCUAUAAAAUUUGUCCACUCAAUCUAGUUUCUUGAUGGCAUUGAUAUUCGACUACUAAAUCUACAAUGGGUUCGUUCUCGUUUUGGUCUUGUUAGUCAAGAACCAAUUUUGUUCGAUUUAGCAAUUGCUGAAAAUAUAGCAUAUGGCUUAGAAAAUGUUCCAAUAGAAGACAUUAUUAAUGCAGCAAGUAGAGCUAAUAUUCAUGAAUUUAUUGACCAAUUGUCUCAGGGUUAUGAAACAAAAGUAGGGUUGAAAGGUAGUUUUCUAUCAGGUGGUGAAAAGCAACAUAUUGCUAUUGCUCGAGUUCUUCUUCGUCGACCUAAAGUAUUGCUCUUAGAUGAAGCUACAAGUGCCAUGGAUUCACACAAUGGACAACUUGUACAAGAAGCUCUUGAACAAGCUCAAACAGAAGAUCCUUGUCGAACAUCACUCAUUGUUGCUCAUCGUCUUUCAACUAUUCGUUCAUGUGAUUUGAUUUGUGUACUUGAUGGAGGACAUAUAGUGGAAAGUAGUACUCAUACAGAAUUGAUACAACGACGUGGAGCUUAUUAUGAAAUGCUUGCUCAAAACAAUUUACAAUGA